AUGUCAACUCCGGUCAGGCGAAUCCAUGAUCUGGCUACCCGAUAUGGAAGAACGCUGCGAUGUCGUGUUCAAGGAAUAUACUACGCCAUUGUUCACGAUGGAAGCCAACCUAUGAAGAAAUUCCGACCCGGAUCCAACAUAUCGCCGAAAUUUCAGUACGCACACUUCCACACCCUAUCGGAUGCUGACACCAAUAUCAAGAAAGCCGUCUCCACGGUGUGCAAAGUCCUGGAAGAACAAGGAACCAUCCUGCAAAGCCUGACCAAGAUGGACCCAACGACUGUAUUCAGAACACUCAUGAACACAACAUCAAUCAUUGCUCGACAAGUUACUCCCGCCAUCAUUGAAGUAACUCAUUGUCACGAAUUAAUGGAAACCGAGUAUGAGCUAACGAAAACUAACACCUGUACCGAAGACGUUCCUAUCAGAAUCCACAAAGCGAUGUCCGAUGACAUUUGGUUUCUGGAUCCCACUACAAUGCUCACCAAACGAGAAUCUCGCACUAUAGACUGUGAUUCCGAACCAAGAAUUGUGGAACUCAAUGGACGAACACUACAAUUUUAUCCCAAUGGUCAUACUCAACAGAUUCAGACGAAUUCACUGAAGACCACGGACGUCGACCUACAUCUUCAAACAUUCCAUACUACAUUCCGUGCAAUGCACCUCAAGGAAGUGGAAAUGUUAUUCAAUAUCUCCGAAUUUGGUCAACAGAAAGAAAGAAAUCAAUUCAUCCAAAUUAUCAACCACCAAGAAGUUCUAGUUCACAAAACACCGGAGACCUUAGGACUCAUUGAGAAACACUUCAAUACAAUUGGAUUAUACGCCUGGAGAUUGUGGGUCACCAUCAUUUGUGCUAUUAUCACCAUCUUUGGAAUUUGGACCAUUCAGAAGUAUUUUCGCACCCUGAUUUCAGAACAGAUCAAAUCCGAUGUCAAACCCAAGCCCUGA